UGCCCUUGCCCCUUUGUUUAUCAGUGCGGAAGCUUCUUUCAGUCGGUCUUCCUUCCGGGUCUUCGACAAAGAAGAAGGACCAGAGAAGUAAGACAUCUCGCCGUUUCUCUUAGAUCUCUCCGUCAAUAUUUUUUAAAGGAAAACCAAGAAAAUCUUAGAUAAGAGAGGGAGCAAAAAGACGAACGCGUGAUGGGCGACGACAAGUCGUCAAUUCCGAUGGCGAGCAGGGAGAGAGAUCGGGAGCUGCUUAUCCCCGUGGGCGACGCCGGCGACGACUCCGACCGCAAUCCUUCGUCCUCCUCGGCCUCCUCCUCCCACCACCACCAGUCUGGUAGAGAGGCAUUUUAUAAAGUUUUCCGUAGUUGGGCUUCGAAAAAGUUCAUGACAGGAUGUGUUAUCCUGUUUCCUAUAGCAAUAACCUUCUAUAUCACCUGGUGGUUCAUUCAUUUUGUUGAUGGAUUUUUCUCUCCACUCUAUGCUCAGCUUGGAAUCAACAUAUUUGGGCUUGGUUUCAUAACUUCAAUAACAUUCAUCUUCUUGGUUGGAGUGUUCAUGUCAUCGUGGCUAGGGUCAUCCAUCCUUAGCCUUGGUGAAUGGUUUAUCAAGCGCAUGCCGUUUGUUCGCCAUAUCUACAAUGCAUCGAAGCAAAUCAGUGCUGCUAUAUCACCCGAUCAGAACAUGCAAGCCUUCAAGGAAGUUGCAAUUAUAAGGCAUCCUCGACUGGGUGAAUAUGCAUUUGCAUUCAUCACCUCGACCGUUGUUCUUCAGAGUUACUCCGGGGAAGAGGAGCUCUGCUGUGUCUAUGUUCCAACCAACCAUCUCUACAUUGGUGAUGUAUUUCUGGUUAAUUCUAGGGACGUUAUCAGACCAAAUUUAUCUGUUCGUGAAGGAAUCGAGAUUGUUGUCUCUGUGGGCAUGUCAAUGCCCCAAAUUCUCGCAACACUGGAUCCACAUACAAUACAUGUGGAUAGAACUAUAGCUAGCAGCAGCUGAAACAGAAGCAUCAGGUUCCAACAUUCCCUUGCUGGAGCUAUCAGAGAGGUCAUGUUAGUUCCUUCAUCUUGGUUUCAGGAUUUGCAAGUCCUAAAGUUCAUUAAUCUUCCAGCAAGAUUCUGCUAGCAUGUAUCAUACUCCUCUUUUUUGAAUUAUUGUGGAAAUAGUAGGUAAGUGGAUGGGAAAUGUCUGCGCAUUACUUACUCGCGUUCUUUGUGCCUCAAAGAAUCCCCUAUUAUAAUUUAGCUGCCAUAUUGCAUGUGGUUGUUGAGCUUAUUGAGA